UCCAGGUCCAGGUCCAGGCUGUGGCUGAUGCGGCUCGUUUGCUUUAAAUAAUGACUGAAAGUGGAGAGGGCGACGAUGAAUACCAGUUUCUACGAACGGGAGAUGACGUGGUUCUGCAGAGUACUUUCACCUCCCAGGAGGAACAUGUGAAGCUCUGUCUUGCUGCCGAGGGGUUUGGCAGCAGACUCUGCAGGCUUGAAGCCACCUCUAACUGCAAGAAUGUUCCACCAGACUUGUCUGUAUGUGGCUUUGUCCUGGCUCAGUGUCUGUCAGUUAGAGCCCUGCAAGAGAUGCUGGCCCACAGUCAGCGCUCGGCUGCAGAGGUGGGAGCUGGAGGAAGCCAUCGCACCCUUCUUUAUGGCCAGGCAGUGUUAUUCCUACACUCAUACAGCGGCAUGUAUCUCAGCUGCUUGUCUUCAUCGCAGUCGUCAACUGACAAACUGGCUUUUGAUGUCGGUUUGCAAGAGGACAAAGCAGGUGAGGCGUGUUGGUGGACCGUCCACCCAGCAUCCAGACAGAGGUCAGAGGGUGAGAAGGUGCGCGUUGGAGAUGACCUCAUACUCGUCAAUGUGUCCUCAGAGAGAUAUCUGCACCUGUCCUUUGGCACUGUAUUUGACAACAAAAGCUUGAGUGACAGCCUGAUUGUCAAUGCAGCCUUCCAGCAGACUCUCUGGAGUGUCGCUCCCAUCUGCUCUGGAGGUGGAGUUGCUCAAGGAUACCUUAAGGGGGGUGACACAUUGCGGCUACUCCACAGCCAUAGUGACGCAUGUCUGACUGUUCCACCCGCAGAGCAGGGAGAUGAGCUACAGAGGAUAAUGCAUUAUGAGAUUGGAUCAGUCUCCAGCCAUGCCCGCUCUCUCUGGAGGCUGGAGAUUCUGCGUGUUGUUUGGAGCAACAGGCAUACAUGCUGGGGGCAGCCUUUCCGACUCUGCCAUCUUACCACUGGGAGGUACCUGGGCGUUACUGAGGAGAAAGGCCUGCAUCUGGUCGAUCGGGACAAGGCUGAUAUCAACACAAGCUCCUUCUGCUUUCGAUCGUCGAAGGAGAAACUCGACUCUGGCACAAAGACUAAUGUCGAUGGCAUGGGGAUCCCAGAGAUAAAGUAUGGAGACUCCAUUUGUUAUGUUCAGCAUGUAGACUCUGGGCUCUGGCUGACCUACCAAGCCAUUGAUGCCAAAUCUAUGCGCAUGGGAGUGGCUCAGCGAAAGGCCAUUCUGCACAGCGAGGGUCAUAUGGACGAUGGGCUGACGCUGUCUCGUUCUCAGAGGGAAGAAUCUCACACUGCCAGACUCAUCCGGAGUGCUACACUCCUCUUCACUCGCUUUAUCAGGAAAUUUGAUAGUUUUAGUCAACAAGGAAACUUCACGUCUGUCAGCCUGCCAAUGGAGAUGGUGACACGUAGUCUGCAGGAUUUAAUAAACUAUUUCCAACCUCGACUGGGGGGGCUAGACCAGGAAUCCAAACAGAACAACAUGACGGCGUUAAAGAAUCGGCAGAACAUGUUUCAAGAAGAGGGGGUGAUAGAUUUGGUCCUAGAUUGUAUUGACCGUCUACACCAAUGUAGUGCUUCACAUUUUGCCGAGGCUGCUCAAAGUGACACAGGAGAAGAGUGGGAGAUCAUCCUGAACUGUUUCUAUGAGCUGUUGGCUGCUCUGCUCCGGGGAAACCGUGUAAACUGUGCACAUUUCUCAAGUUCUCUAGAUUGGCUGAUUAGCAGGCUUGACCGGCUGGAGGCCUCUUCUGGAGCCUUGGAGGUUCUGCAGUGUGUCCUAGUGGAAAGUCCCGAAGCACUCAAUGCCAUCAAAGAAGGGCACAUUCAUUCUAUCAUCUCUUUUCUCGACAAGCACGGAUGCAACCACAAGGUGCUGGAGGUGUUGUGCUCUCUGUGUGUGUGCCAUGGUGUGGCCGUGCGAUCCAAUCAGAAUCUCAUCUGUGACAACCUGCUGCCAGACAGAGACUUGCUGCUCCAAACACGCCUGACUAAUCGGGUCACGAGCAUGAGACCAAACAUCUUCUUAGCUACGGGGGAAGAUUCAGCCCAGCAUCGCAGGUGGUACUUUGAGCUGGUGGUGGAUCACGUCGACUCCUUCCUCACAUCUGAGCCCACACACCUGCGUGUUGGCUGGGCUUGCACUGAGGGCUACCAGCCCAGGCCCACAGGAGGUGAUGGCUGGGGGAGCAACGGGGUAGGAGACGACCUCUGCUCCUACGGUUUUGAUGGGCUUCACCUCUGGUCAGGCUGUGUGGGCCGCAGAGUGAGCUCUCCGUUCCCCCACCUGCUAAAAGAUGACGACGUGGUCAGCUGCUGUCUUGACCUUAGUGCUCCUUGCAUCUCCUUCCGGGUCAACGGUCUACCUGUGCAGGGCAUGUUGGAGAACUUCAGUGCUGAUGGACUUCUUUACCCUGUGGUCAGCUUCUCUGCUGGAGUCAGGGUUCGUUUUCUGUUUGGGGGAAGGCAUGGAGAGUUUCGCUUCUUGCCUCCACCAGGUUUUGCUCCGUGCUCUGAUGCUCUGCUCCCAAGAGUGAAGCUGAAGGUAGAGCCAUGUCACAAAUAUAUCUUGGAUCGUGGAGAAGGGAAACAAGAGCUUAUUGGCCCUUUAAUACCUGCCACUCCAGUGACCUUUACUCCCGCACCAGUAGACAUCAGCAAGGCGGUAUUGCCCCCACAACUUGAGGACAUUCGAGAGAAAAUGGCUGAUAACAUCCAUGAACUCUGGGCAGUGGAUAAGAUUGAUCUCGGAUGGACAUACGGACCUGUGAGAGAUGAAGUUAAGAGGCAUGAUCCCUGUCUGGUGGAGUUCUGCAAGCUGUCAGAGCAGGAGAGGAGCCCGAAUCUCCACAUGGCGCAGGAUACCCUGAGGACUCUUCUUGCUCUUGGUUUCCACAUUGGUUUCACUGAUGACCACGCUGAGGAGAGAGUCAAAUAUAUGAGACUAGGCACCAAGUAUGAGCAGCCCAGUGGCUAUAGACCUGCCCCUUUAGACUUGAGCCAGGUUUUUCUGAGCCCAGCUCAUGAGGAAGUGGUGAACUUGCUGGCAGAGAAUGAUCACAAUGUAUGGGCCAGAGAGCGUAUCAAGCAGGGAUGGACCUAUGGAGCCCAACAGGAUGUGAAAGCAAAGCGGAGCCCGUAUCUUGUGCCCUACAGCCUGCUUGAUGAGAGGAGUAGGAGACCGGGCAGGGAGAGUGUCAGAGAGGCUGUCUGUACUCUGCUGGCCUAUGGUUACAGCCUCGAGUCCCUCAACCAAGAACGGAGCAUAUUAUCAGAUCCAUGUCCCUUCUCUGCUGAGAAGUGCAGAGUGUUCAGACCUGAUAAGUCAUACGCUGUAACCUGGGGGAAGUGGUACUUUGAGUUUGAAGUGGUGACAGCGGGGAAUAUGAGAGUGGGCUGGGCCCGACCGGGCUGUACCUCAGAUAAAGAACUCGGCUCAGAUGACCAGGCAUAUGUCUUUGAUGGAUUUGAGGCUCAGUGGUACCAUCAGGGCAUUGAACCCCUGGGACGUCCAUGGCAGAAAGGCGAUGUGGUGGGUUGUUUGGUAGACAUGGCUGAACGCACCAUGAUGGUCACGCUCAAUGGAGAGGUGCUGUUUAAUGACAGAGGAUCAGAGCUGCCCGCCAAGGACUUUGAUAUUGGAGAAGGCUUGUUGCCUGUGGUCAGUGUCGGGGUGAACCAGGUGGGGAGGCUGAACCUGGGUCGCCAAGCGGGUUCUCUGCAGUACUUUAGUGUGUGUGGCCUGCAGGAAGGCUAUGAACCAUUUGCUGUCAACAUGGCCAGAGACCCAACCCUGUGGAUGAGUUGGAAGCAGCCACAUUUUACCUCCAUAAUGCCCGAUGAUCAUAAUUUACAGGUCACUAGAGUCAGCGGAUCAAUGGAUUCAUUAUCCAGCCUGAGAGUCUCUCAGCGGUUGUUUGCACACCACGGUGGAGGCACUGAAAUGGGCUUUUACCGGCUCAGCAUGUCCAUCGAAUGUGCUACGAUCCUCACUACCCCUGCAGGGAACAUGCUUCCAGGGGCCUCCAGCUCUCUCUCUCCAGGAAGAAAAGAGCAGGAGGAGGUGGACUCUGACUUUGAAGUGUUGAGAAAGUCAGCCCAUGGUUUUGCUGGCUCAAGAGAUGAACUCAACCAUAAAGACCACAGUCAAGACAAAGCAUCUAGGCUGAAACAUCGGUUCAUGCUGAAGAAGACUAAACCAGGUCUAGUCAGCAGAGACUCAUCUGCACGGCUCCUAGAAGAUGUUGUCAUCGACAAAGAUAACUAUGAUCACCUUAUUCAGAGCUCCAGAUAUUAUUACUCAGUGAGGGUUCUUCCAGGCCAGGAGCCAUUCAAUGUAUGGAUAGGCUGGGUGACCUCUGAUUUUCAUCAACAUGACAUGACCUUUGACCCUGACAAUGUCCCCACUGUGACUGUCACCCUCGGAGAUGACAGCGGCAAAGUCCAGGAAAGUGUGAAACGGUGUAACUGUUACAUGGUGUGUGCUGGAGAGGCAACCGGGCUGUCUCAUAGUCGCAGGAGUUCAGGGUUGGAAAUUGGCUGUUUAAUUGACACAGCCACUGGGCUGCUAACCUUUACCUCCAGCGGAGUGGAGAUGGCAACCUUCUACCAAGUGGAAGCCAGCACAAAACUAUUUCCUGCUGUUUUUGUCAAGCCCACCACCAGCACCAUGUUCCAGUUUGAAAUGGGAUGCAUUAAGAAUGCGAUGCCACUGUCGGCAGGUUUGCUGCGCAGAGAGAGAAGGAAUGCCACUCCUCAGUGUCCUCCAAGAUUUCAGGUCCAGCAACUCAGAGCAGUUUCGUGGACCAGAGUACCAGACCAUGCAUUAAACGUGACAGUGGAUCGGCCAAAUGAGUGCCAUGGCUGGAGAGUCCAAUGCUCUGAGCCCCUGCAAGUCAUGACCCUUCAUGUCCCUGAUGAAAACAGGUGUGUUGACAUUUUGGAGCUGUCGGAACUCAAGGACUUCCUGACCUUUCAUCACCACACUCUCCUCCUCUACUGCUCCUUGUGCACCCUUGGAAACACUAGAGUUUGCCAUGCCCUCUGCAGCCACGUGGACCAAUCCCAAGUCCUCCAUGCCAUUCAGAAUCCUCAGCUCCCUGGCCCACUCCGCUCUGCAUUUUACCAGCUACUUAUUCAGGUUCAUCUCAGCAGCCACAGCACAGCAUGUCUCAUGACGAGCCACGAAUACAUUGUGCCCAUGACUGAUGAGACCAGAGAAAUCACCCUUUACCCCAGCCAUGCUAAUGGUGUCAAUGGAGGCUGUGGUAUUCCGACCACUAGUCUUGGCACAUCCCUUAAACCACGGAUGCAUUUCUCAUCUCCUUGCUUUGUCAGGAGUGAUGGAAUAGAAGGCGAAGUUGAAACAGCCUGCACAGACAGCCCAGAAAUCCCACUGGACAUAUUGAAGGACCUGACGGUGGAGAUGCUGACUGCAGGAGUAUGGGCAGUGGGUCAAGGUGUUAGAGAUCCUGUGGGAGGCAGCAUUGAGCUUCUGCUGGUUCCCAUAAUUAAACUGUUUUACACCUUGCUGGUAAUGGGGGUAUUUAGUGAUCAGGAUCUAUGGAAGGUUCUGAGACUGAUAGAGCCAGGAGUCUUCUCUAUAGAUACCGAAAACCCAGCAGAGGAAGACGAAGAAGAAGCUAGUGACGAUGAAGAAUGGAAAGAGGAUGACAAAAAAGAAGAUGACACCCCUAAACAUGGACUUCUUCAAAUGAAACUUCCAGAAGCUGUCAAACUUGAGCUCUGCCAUCUGCUGUCCUACCUGUGUGAUAGCCAGUUGCGCCACAGGGUUGAGGCCGUGGUUGCUUUCUCUGACAACUUUGUGGGUCAGCUGCAGGAGAACCAACGCUUCCGCUACAACCAAGUCAUGCAAGCACUCAACAUGUCCGCCGCUCUCACUGCCCGCAAGACGAAGGAGUUCCGCUCACCUCCACAGGAGCAGAUCAACAUGCUGCUGAGUUUUAAAGAGGAUGAACUAAACAGUCCAUGUCCAGAAGAAGUUCAACAGCUCCUGCAAGACUUCCAUCACCUCCUCAACACACACUGCGGGAUUGAAUUGGAUAAUGACACAGAGGAUGAAAAGGAUGCUGAAAUGUCUGUAAAAGAUCGACUUCUCAGUCUAGUGGUGAGAGUCAUUGGACUGAAGAAAAAACACAUGGAAGUGGAGGAAAGUAGACCACAGAGUGCUAAGUCCCUGAAAAAGCUCAUUUCUGAGAUGAUGGUGCACUGGGCUCAAGAGACUGAGAUGGAGGACCCUGAACUGGUUAGGGCCGUCUUCGCAUUGUUGCACCGCCAGUAUCAGGGUCUUGGGGGUCAAAUGGCAGGACCCCUCUGCAGAGCGUAUACCAUAAGCCAGGCUUCAGUAGAGGACACCAGAAUUCUCCUCUCCUCCCUGAUUCAGAUCCGCUCCCUCCUCAGUGUCCGCAUGGGGAAAGAAGAGGAGAGGCUUAUGAUCAGAAAACUAGGCGACAUCAUGAAUAACAAAAUUUUCUACCAGCACCCCAACCUAAUGAGGGCAUUAGGGAUGCAUGAGACUGUGAUGGAGGUGAUGGUCAAUGUUCUAGGAGAAGGGGAAUCAAAGGAGAUUACCUUUCCCAAGAUGGUGGCAAGCUGCUGUCGAUUCCUGUGUUAUUUUUGCCGCAUUAGUCGUCACAAUCAGGGAGCCCUUUUUGACCAUCUCAGCUACCUGCUGGAAAACAGCAGCGUUGGACUAGCUUCACCUUCCAUGCGUGGGGCCACUCCUCUGGAUGUGGCAGCAGCCUCUGUCAUGGAUAAUAAUGAACUGGCCUUAGCGCUGAGGGAACCUGACCUAGAGAAGGUGGUUCAGUACCUUGCUGGCUGUGGUCUCCAGAGCUGUCCGAUGCUAGUGUCUAAAGGCUACCCUGAGAUUGGAUGGAACCCUGUGGAGGGCGAGCGUUACCUGGAUUUUCUACGUUUUGCUGUCUUCUGUAAUGGUGAGAGUGUCGAAGAGAAUGCUUAUGUGGUAUUAAGGUUGCUGAUUCGUCGGCCUGAGUGUUUUGGCCCUGCCCUGCGCGGUGAUGGGGGAAAUGGUCUCCUUGCAGCCAUGGAGGAAGCCAUCAGGAUUUCAGAUGACCCUUCUAUGGAUGGACCUUGCACCACAUACCAGUCCAACAGAGCACUAGAUGUUGUCCAGGACAAUGAUGAUGAUCUCAUUCACAUGGGGCAUGCAAUCAUGACCUUCUACUCUGCUCUUAUCGACUUGCUGGGCCGCUGUGCUCCAGAGAUGCACUUGAUUCAAGGAGGCAAAGGUGAAGCUAUCCGCAUCAGAGCCAUUCUGAGGUCGCUCAUCCCCAUUCAGGAUCUUGAGGGAGUUAUCAGCAUCUCCUUUCAAAUCCCUUCAGUGUCAAAAGAGGGUGUGGUGGUCGAGCCUAACCUAUCCACAGUGUUCUGCCCAGACCACAAGACAGCUAUGGUUCUGUUCCUGGACCGAGUUUAUGGCAUCGAGAGCCAGAGUUUUCUUCUCCACCUACUAGAAGUUGGCUUUCUGCCUGACCUUCAGGCAGCUGUCUCUCUAGACACCGCUGACUUAGGAGCCACUGAUAUGGCCCUCGCCCUCAACAGAUACUUGUGCACAACUGUGCUUCCCCUCCUUACCAAAUGUUCAGCUCUCUUCUGUGCUUUAGAGGACCAUGCAUUGCUGCUGGAUUCUCUUAUCCAGGCAAUCUACAGCCUCUCCAGAGCUCUUAGCUUGACCAAGGCUCAGAGAGACACGAUUGAAGAUUGCUUGUUGGCUGUGUGCAGUAAACUCAAAGCAUCUAUGAUGCAGCCUCUCCUUCGACAUCUUGUCUUUGAUGUUCCUCAUCUCACAGAGUACAGCAAGAUGCCACUAAAGCUCUUGACCAGUCACUAUGAGGAGAGGUGGAAGUACUACUCGCUAACUGCAGGGCAGAGUGACCAGGCGUCUGAAGAGGAGCUCCACCUGUCUAGAAAGCUGUUCUGGGGUGUGUUCAAGGCUUUGGCAAAAAAGCCCUAUGAGCCUCAGUUAUCGAAGCUCUGUGUUCAGUGCCUGGCUGCGGUUGCCAAAGCACUGCCUCCUGACCACAUGGACUCAAGUGGUGUGUCCCAUACGGAUAGAAAAACCUCUAUGGACACAGAAGGACACUUUGACCCCCAGCCCGUAGAUACCGCCAAUGUGUUAGUGCCGGAGAGACUGGAGUUUGUAGUGAACAAGUACGCAGAGCAUACUCACGAGAAGUGGUCACUGGACAAGUUUGCCAAUGGCUGGGUUCAUGGGGAACAGCUUUGUGAGAACACCAAGGUUCACCCUCUCCUUAAGCCAUACAGGGCUCUGGCUGAGAAGGAGAAGGAGGCAUACCGCUGGGCUAUUAAAGAGACAAUAAAGAGUAUGCUGGCUUUCGGAUGGACCAUAGAGAGGACCAAAGAAGGAGACCCAUUUGGCACACAUACCUGUACACGUAGAGUCUCUCAGUCUGGACAGCUGUCUUUUGAAGGAGCAUCAACAUUCAGCCCCAAACCUAUGGACAUGAGCAGCAUCACCUUAUCAUGGGAUCAGUGUGGCAUGGCUGAACAGUUGGCUGAAAACUACCACAAUGCCUGGGCUAAGAGGAAGAAAUCUGAACUUGAGAGUAAAGGAGGGGGUGGCCAUUCAAUGCUUGUACCCUAUGAUACCCUGACUGCCAAGGAGAAGACCAAAUUCAGAGAAAAAGCCCAGGAUGUCCUCAAGUUCCUUCAUCUUAAUGGCUACACUGUGUGGAGAGAUCGGAAAACAGUGGAGACGGACUUUCCAGCCAUAGUCAACUGCUUUGGCUACACUCUUCUUCAACAGCUGCUGUCUCACACUGAGGAUGCCCAAGAGCACAUGUUGGAACUGGAAGUGUUGCAAGCCAGAGGACAGACGUCCAAAGGGGAGAGAGCUCCACAGCAGCAACCUAUACAUUUUUUUCCCAAGGUUAUCCUUCCUCUUUUGGAACAAUAUGUAAAGAACCACCGUCUGUAUUUCCUAUCCACUUCUCUCUGCUCAAGUGGUAAUAGGGGCCAUGCCUUAAAAAAGGAAAAGGAGAUGAUUGCAAGCCUCUUUUGUAAGCUUGCAGCCCUUGUAAGACACAGGAUCUCAUUCUUUGGAAAUGACGCCUCCUCAGUUGCAAGCUGCCUCCAUGUUUUGGCUCAGGCUCUGGAUGCCAGGACCUUGAUGAAGUCAGCCCCAGAAUCUAUCCAAGCGUCCCUGCAUUCGUUCUUCGAGGCAGCUGCAGCAGAUCUGGAGAUUACUGUGGAAAACCUCUCUGUGACCUUGGUCUGUCUGCCUCAGAGUAGAAGUCAACAGGCUAGAGGAGUGGCCAAAGUCCUCAGUUACACGACCUCCAUUCUUCUCCCAACCCUCACUUCCCUCUUCCAGCAUCUUGGAAGCCAAAACUGUGGAUGCGACCUCCUGGUGGGGAGUAUCCAGGUGUCCUGUUACAGGAUCCUCAACAGCCUCAACUCUCUUGGCACCAGUAGCAGCAUCUACAUGGAGGGGCAGAGGCCAGCAGCAGGUGCUUGUCUUGCAGCCCUGACUGGGACUUUUCCUGUAUGCUUCCUGGAGCCAGCCCUAAACCAAAACAACCCCUUCUCUAUCUACAACACCAUGAGUGCUACUGAGAGAGAAGACGUGGGGCUGCCAGAUCAGGUAGAGAGCAUGUGUCCCCUCCUGCCUUCUCUGGAAGAGUCUCUGGAGGAAGUAGAGGAGUUGGCAGGUGCUGGUGCUGGAGCUCACCAAGCCCACUACAUCCAUGUCACGGAGGUCACCUUGCCCAUGCUGUGCAACUACAUAUCCCUUUGGUGGUACUGGGGCCCUGAGGGCCACCCGGACAGCCCAAACUGCACUUCUGUCAUUCCCCAGCAUGCCAGUGACCUUCUUGGCCACAUCCUCCGUAUCAUCCACAACCAUGUGGGUGCUAGCCAGGGUGAAUGGAUGAAACAGCUGGCAGUUUUUUCUCAGCCUAUCAUAUGCAAAGCUCACCCUAGCCUUUUAAAGAGCCACUUCCUGCCAGUGAUGGAGAAGUUGAGGAAGAGGGCAGAGUGUCUCCUGCUAGAGGAGGAACAGAUGAAAGCAGAAGCAUGUGAUACCUCUGAAGCAGAGUUGCAGAUACAGGAAAAGUUUACUGUACUGGUGCGAGACCUCUAUGCCUUCUACCCCCUCCUCAUCCCAUUUGUGGAUUCCAAUCGAGCCAUCUGGCUGAUGGAGCCAAACCCUGAUGCCGAACAUCUGUUUAGCAUGGUGGCAGAGGUCUUUAUAUUCUGGGCUAAAUCUCAUAAUUUCAAAUGGGAGGAACAAAACUAUGUGGUCCAAAAUGAAAUUAACAACUUGGCUUUCUUGGUCAACAACGACAAAAUGUUUAAGUUCGACCAUGAGAAGAGGAGGAUAAAGAGGAAGGGAGAUCGUUAUUCCACACACACCUCUCUCAUUGUGGCUUCCAUGAAGAAACUGCUCCCUGUGGGGCUCAGGGUUUGCUUUCCCGUCGACCAGACCCUUAUCACGUUGGCUAAGAACGGCUUCACUCAGAAGAACGCUGAAGAUGAAAUUCGAGAGCAUGUUUUCAAUUCCCUUUUGCAUCUUCAGAGUCCGGAAUCAAACUGCUUGAGGCAGGAGAACCUUUAUGUAGAACAGCAGAGUCAGCUAGGGACCAUCGUCGACGCCCAAAGGACUGCAGACAGCAUUUUGGAAAUAGCUCGAGUCUUGUAUUACCUGGACCAGGUGGAACACCCGCAGAGAAGUAAAAAACCUGUGUGGCACAAAGUCUUAUCCAAACAGAGGAAACGAGCAGUGGUGGCCUGCCUUAGGAUGGCUCCCCUCUACAACUUACCCAGGCACAGGGCUGUCAACCUGUUCCUCCAAGGCUACAAUAAAUCCUGGAUCUCAGCUGAGGACCACAGCUUUGAGGAGAAGCUUGUCGAGGAUUUAGCUCUGAGUGGAAAAAGGGGAGGAGUGAUGGAGCUGUGUGGAGGAGACAGAGGGGAAGAAAAGGACGAGCAAGACAAUGCCAAACCAAUCGAUCCCCUCCUACAACUCAUUACACUCUUCAGUCGAAGCGCCUUGACAGAAAGGAGUAAGCUUGGGAAUGACCGUCUCUAUCAGACCUACGCUGCUAUUAUGGCCAAGAGCUGCCACAGAGAGGACGGCGACGACGAUGAUGAUGUUGAGCAAGAGGUUGAAAACUUUGAAGAGAAGGAGAUGGAGAAACAGAAGCUACUGUACCAGCAGGCCAGGCUGCAUCGUCGAGGAGCUUCUGAGAUGGUCCUGCAAACCAUCAGUGCCAGCAAAGGGGCCAUGGGCUCCAUGAUUGCCCCUACACUGAAGCUGGGUAUUGCUGUUCUCAGCGGAGGAAAUGUCACUGUUCAACAGAAAAUGCUGGAUUAUCUGAGGGAGAAGCGCGAUGUCGGCUUCUUUCAGAGCAUAGCUGGACUUAUGCUGUCAUGUAGUGUUCUGGAUCUGAAUGCAUUUGAGAGGAAGAACAAAGCAGAGGGAUUAGGCAUGGCCAUGGACGAGAGCUCAGGAGAGAAGGUGAUGCCUGAUAAAGACAUAACCUGUGACCUGUUCCGUUUUCUACAGCUGCUCUGUGAAGGACACAACUCAGAUUUCCAGAAUUACCUGAGAACACAGACAGGCAACAACACCACUGUCAACAUCAUAAUAUCCACUGUGGACUAUUUACUGAGAGUACAGGAGUCAAUCAGUGACUUCUACUGGUACUACUCAGGCAAGGAUGUGAUCGAUGUACACGGUCAACACAACUUCUCCAAGGCCAUCAAAGUGGCCAAACAGGUUUUCAACACGCUCACUGAGUACAUACAGGGCCCAUGCACUGGGAACCAACAAAGUCUAGCUCACAGUCGUCUGUGGGAUGCUGUUGUGGGAUUCCUUCAUGUCUUUGCACAUAUGCAGAUGAAGCUCUCUCAGGACUCAAGGCAAAUUGAGCUUCUGAAAGGGCUCUUGGAUUUACAAAAGGACAUGGUGGUUUUUCUGCUUUCCAUGUUAGAAGGUAACGUUGUUAAUGGAACUAUUGGAAAGCAGAUGGUGGAUAUGUUGGUGGAAUCAUCAGGCAAUGUGGAGAUGAUCCUCAAGUUUUUCGACAUGUUCCUCAAACUUAAAGACCUCACUUCCUCGGAUUCCUUCAGAGAGUAUGACCCCGAUCGUAAGGGCUUCAUCUCCAGGAAGGACUUCCAGAAAGCCAUGGAGAAUUGUAGGCGUUUCUCUCAAGCCGAGACUCACUUCCUCCUCUCUUGCACAGAAAGUGAUGAAAGUGAAAUCUUGAAUUACGAGGCAUUUGUAGAUCGUUUCCAUGAGCCAGCCAAAGACAUCAGCUUCAGCAUAGCUGUUCUCCUUACUAACCUGUCCGAACACAUGCCCAGCGAUUCAAGGCUGAGGACGUUCUUGGAGCUGGCAGAGUGUGUCCUGACAUACUUCCAACCCUAUCUUGGGCGUAUUGAGAUCCUCGGCAGUGGGAAGCGCAUUGAACGUGUCUACUUUGAGAUCAGUGAAUCCAGCCGCACACAAUGGGAGAAGCCUCAGGUGAAAGAGUCCAAGAGGCAGUUCAUUUUUGAUGUGGUCAACGAGGGUGGAGAGAAGGAGAAAAUGGAGAUGUUUGUUAAUUUCUGCGAGGACACCAUCUUUGAAAUGCAGCUUGCAGCCACGAUAUCUGGCUCUGACACCGGAGAGAGGUGUGCUGAAAAAGGAGGAGAGGAAAAGAGCAAAGAAGAAGAGCUGGACAACAAAGGGAUGUUUUUCAUGUAUCAUUGGCUGUUAGUGCUAAUAUCUGUGCUUUCUGUCAAAAACCUGAAGACACUGAUGAAGAUGACCUUGAAGGAUAUCCUUAUGUCAGCUGUUUUCUUGCUCAGAUUGAUUUUUAUGGCUCAGGUACGGUGUCUUUCUGUUGUAGUUCAUAGCAUCAUAUAUGUACUGUACAUAGCAUUUGUUAGUGGUGGGCUCAUAGAGGGAGCCAAAAGGAUGAGGAUAUCAGACUUGUUGGGUGGGAUCCAUGAGCCAACUCUUGAUGAGGUCACAGGGGUGCCAAGUGGUGUGGAUCGGCUGAGGAAGUACUCUGCCAGUUUGUCUUCCCAGAGAGAAUUUCGGGACAUCGGGCAGGUGUCAGCUGUGACCUCCCCCAGGGAGGUGGAUGUACUGUCAGACAUAUUCGGCCUCAGAGUAAAAAAGGAUGGAAGUCAAUACAGACUUAUAACACAAGACCUCACUGCCAGUCUGACUGACCUUUUCAACACAACCUCCAGAACAAGUGCCACCGCUGACUUUUCUGAGAAGCAUCUUGGGAUGCCACUUAAGGCCCACACUGCCACAGAGGAGAAAACAGAAAAUGAGAAAACGUCAGACGCAAAGGGGAAAGAAUCUGAGAAGAAAAGUGGAAAGGAGAGAACGGAGACAAGAGCCAGGAGAUGUUCGAAUAAGUCAGAGGAACCAGAGACCCAGCAGUCAGUCCUCUGGGAGAUGAUAAGCACGCACAACAAGAGCCUGCUGAAUUGCUUUGCAAGGAACUUUUAUAAUAUGCGCUUGUUGGCUCUGUUCGUUGCCUUUUCAAUCAACUUCAUUCUCCUCUUCUACAAGGUAGCAUCCUUGCCUGCAUCACAAGAAGAGGAAGGAGUGAUCCCAUCUGUUUACAGUGAGAAACAGGACUCUGCUGCUGAAGCUGACAACAAGGGGACAGUUUUUUUUGUGCUGGAGGAGAGCAGUGGAUACAUGGAGCCGUCGCUCCAUUUCUUGGCUGUGGCACACACAAUCAUCUCCUUCUGUUGUAUUAUCGGUUACUACUGCCUCAAGGUACCAUUAGUGAUCUUCAAACGUGAGAAGGAAGUGGCACGACGGCUGGAGUUUGAUGGGCUGUAUGUGACAGAGCAGCCCCCUGAGGAGGACAUCAAAGGGCAAUGGGACCGACUGGUCAUUAACACACCAUCAUUUCCAAGUAAUUACUGGGAUAAGUUUGUGAAGAGGAAGGUGAUGGAUAAGUAUGGUGACGUUUACGGCUGCGAGAAGAUCAGUGAACUCCUAGGUCUAGAUCAGGCUGCUUUAGACUUCAGCUCUGAGAGAAAAGAAAGGACAAAACUGAAGAGAGAGACGGCCUGGAGUGCUCUGUUUCACUCCAUUGACAUGAAGUACCAGGUCUGGAAAGUAGGAGUUGUAUUCACGGACAAUUCCUUCUUGUACCUAGCCUGGUACAUGGCCAUGUCUGUUCUGGGUCACUAUAACAACUUCUUCUUUGCUGUCCAUCUUUUGGACAUCGCAAUGGGCUUCAAGACACUUCGUACCAUUCUUUCCUCUGUCACACACAACGGGAAACAGCUGGUCCUGACUGUGGGCCUGUUGGCGGUUGUCGUGUAUCUCUACACUGUCGUGGCCUUCAACUUCUUCAGGAAGUUUUACAACAAGAGUGACGACAAGGACACCCAAGACAUGAAGUGCAACGACAUGCUGACUUGCUACAUGUUUCACAUGAACGUUGGAGUGCGUGCCGGUGGGGGCAUCGGUGACGAGAUUGUGGACCCCGCUGGAGAUGAGUUUGAGGUUGAGCGCGUUGUCUUCGACAUCACAUUUUUCUUCUUCGUCGUUGUCAUCCUCCUGGCCAUCAUCCAGGGUUUAAUAAUUGAUGCCUUUGGGGAACUGCGUGACCAGCAGGAGCAGGUGAAAGAGGAUAUGGAGACCAAAUGUUUCAUAUGUGGAAUAGGAAGCGAAUACUUUGAUAAAGUCCCUCAUGGAUUUGAGACUCACACUCUGCAGGAGCACAACUUGGCCAACUAUCUAUUUUUUCUGAUGUACCUUAUUAACAAGGAUGAAACUGAACACACGGGGCAGGAAUCCUUUGUGUGGAAAAUGUACCAAGAGCGUUCCUGGGAAUUCUUUCCUGUGGGAGACUGUUUCCGUAAGCAAUAUGAGGAUCAACUGGGAUGAAAGGAAAUCUGAGCCUCUCUAGAUACUUGCGUCCUCACACAGAAGCCAUCUUGAUUGAUGCCCUUGGAUUCAUUCAAUUACCCUUUGCGUGUGCACAGCAUUGAUUUUUGGAGUGAUUUUUUCCCGUUACAGUGUAUAUAUUUAUGCACAUGAGUGUUUCUUUAAGUUAUAUUGAUUAAAUUAUUUGGAGACUAACCAAUAAGGGCCUGUUAUUUAUGUUCAAAUACAAAGUGAAUGUGCUGUUAGUUUUGAGAGUCCUGUGGGCAGGACGUUACUUCUUCCAGUGGUUUCUUUGAGUCUGUAACAAGAAGCAUUGUGACGGUUUACUGUUUUAUACAUCAUUAUCUCAAACAGUCAAAGCUGGCAUUCCAUGGCACUUUGCUGGCUGCGUGUGCGUCUCUGUAAAGCUCAUGUUUUGUGAAUGAAGUGAUUUGUCUUUCUAAUCACAGCUUCCCAUCCCUUUCCCCUGUGUGACAUCCAGAUAAACACUCUCCCUUUUGGCGUUUGUUCUUUUUACCCUCCUCUUUCCUGCUUCUUGCGUCUCUCUCUUGUCUGUUGUACUCAUCUCCUCCUGUCCUUGCUUUCUUAUUCUGUUUUUUCCCCCUUCCCUCUGCUCUCCUCUCCUCUCUCAUCUUCGACUCUUUUCUCUUCUCAUUACCGGUUACUGUAUAGACUGCCAGCAGGUGUCUCAGCGCUCAGGUCAGAAUAUUGCCAUGGAAGCAGAUCACCGAGCCUAACGCGAUUGACCACUGUCAAUGCUGGCAAAGAAAGUCUUUGGGGAAUCCUCGGGUAUGACUCAGUGACUAGAGAGAAGUUUUGUUAAAUGUGUGUGGAUCUAGAGCUUCACAGCGGGAUGACAGGAAUUGGAGGGCCACCUACAGAUAUUGUCCUCAUUAUGCAAAGGUCAAACACUGGGCUUCCAAAAGUCUGCUGCUGAUUAUGUGUUCAUGUUGCUUUUGAGUUAUGACUUGUAAGCAUACGCAUAGAAGUCACUGGAGAAUAAAUAAAAAUCUUUAGGUAAAAGAUGAGCAACUCUUGCUUUUGUCCAAGAAAGAAUUAUGGUUUCUUGCAUUAACAGAAGUCAUUUUAAGAAAUUUAGCUAAGUGGCUAAAGUGGUAAUUACAGUCAGGCUUUACUGCUAUGUAAUGCUUCUGUCUGAAUUAAUAGAAAUUGGCCCACUUACUGCAGAGAUUUUCACCAUUAGGCUGAGCAGUGUUGUGAUUAAAUGGUGAAUCUACAAUAUUUCCAUGGUAUGAUAGAUGAUUUAGAAAAUACAUUUCAUCAAUCGGACUUUAUUUAUAUUGUACUUUUCAUAUAAACAAAAUGUAACACAAAGUGCUUCACACAAUAAAUAACCACCUCGCUCUUCACAGCACAAACUGAGGAAUGAGGCUGUGUACUGAAUCGUAAAAACCAAGCCUGUGGGAUGAAAUGUGAUUAUCUGUUCAACAGUUUUUACGUCCCUGCACUGGAAUCAGUAACUAUAUUUUGACAGCGUUUUCUGCAUAUUUGACACAUUUUGACGUUUUAUCCAAACAAAAAGAAACUAUUUUUUGAAUUCCAAUAACUUAGCUUAUAUUUCUGUGUUAAUUAUGCCACACAUUGUAGUUCCAAAUGAUUUUAUAUGGCUUUGUAGUUACCAAGCUAUUGGAACAACAAUACCGCACUGAACAAAUUAGGUAUCUGCUUUCUAUCUUUAUAUACCUGAGGUUUAAAUGCCAGUAAACUUUCAUAUUAUUUUGACCACAUUGUCUAUUUUGUCUUGGUUGAGUAUUGUUCCUAUGAAAGGAAAGAUAUGACCAGUAAAAAUAUGAAUGGAUAGUUUC